AUGGCGAAUUCUUGUGUUGAUUUCCCUGCAAAAGGUGGAUUCAGUUUCGAUCUUUGCAAAAGAAAUGCUAUGUUAUCAGAUAAGGGUCUUAAGCUUCCUCCGUUUAGAAAAACCGGAACUACCAUUGUGGGUUUAGUUUUCCAGGAUGGGGUCAUUCUUGGGGCAGAUACGAGAGCAACAGAAGGCCCCAUAGUUUGUGAUAAGAAUUGCGAAAAAAUUCACUACAUGGCACCAAACAUAUAUUGCUGUGGAGCAGGAACUGCUGCUGAUACAGAAGCAGUAACAGACAUGGUCAGCUCACAGCUGCAAUUACAUCGUUACCAUACUGGCCGAGAAUCAAGGGUUGUUACAGCACUCACCCUUCUUAAGAAACAUCUUUUCAACUACCAAGGUUAUGUCUCAGCUGCUUUGGUGCUUGGUGGGGUUGAUUGCACUGGGCCUCAUUUACACACUAUAUAUCCCCAUGGAUCAACUGACACUUUGCCAUUUGCUACAAUGGGUUCUGGUUCUCUCGCUGCAAUGGCUGUUUUUGAAUCAAAUUACAAAGAAGGCCUUAGUAGAGAUGAAGGAAUUAAGCUUGUGAGUGAGGCUAUAUGCUCUGGCAUAUUCAAUGACUUGGGAAGUGGAAGCAAUGUUGAUGUUUGUGUUAUAACAAAGGGACACAAGGAAUACCUAAGGAACCACAUGUUGCCAAAUCCUCGUACCUAUGUCAGUGAACGAGGGUAUUCUUUUCCAAAGAAAACUGAGGUUCUCAUGACAAAGAUUACUCCGCUGAAGGAGAAAGUGGAAGUGAUUGAAGGAGGUGAUGCAAUGGAAGAGUAA